AUGGGGGCCGCUCUUUCGAGGGCAGGCGUCCAGGGGCCUGGGAAGCUGGAAGGAGAACAGGCCUCAGCUGCUCCUCCACGGCAAGACGAGGGGACUCCAGACCUCAGCCAGGCCCGGACAGAGGGCACCUCUCGGGGCUCCCCUGGACAAUUGGGCCCCUGCAACGGCCCCAAUCCGCUCCUGGCCAGCCCUGCCGCCUUCCCGCUUGGACAGUCCAGGUUCGCCUGGUUCUCUAGCAGUUGCUGCUGGCACAGGCAGCCCAGCAAGAAGGAGCGAAGAGAAGCCAAAGAUGAGAUGGAGGGGGACCCCUCGGCCGAAGCAGCCCCUCCCCAGGGGAGGCUCGAAGGACCUCCACAGCUGCCACGCAGGCCUCAACUCCAUCCGAGACCAGAGAUACCACCUGUGGGCGAUCUGAGACAAGCGGUGGCGAGUGGAGGCCAGGCUGGGCCUGCAAGACCCACCCAGGAUGGGGAUCUGGAGGAGGAGGAAGAGGCUGAGGCCGGGGCAGAGGCCUUCGCCCACAUUGCCACGGGUUCUACCACCCGAGAUGGGAGAGGAGAAAAAGGGCCUGAUCCUGUUAAUAUAUGGCUGUACUCAGUACCUGAGAAUCUCAUGCUUGCUUUCUGUUCUUAGUCAUUUUUCUACAGUGAAGAGUUUCAAAAACCCUCAAGGCAUGACUCUGGAUAAACAUGGGGUACCAAGGUGUUUCCCCCCCCUACAAAGUGGAUCAGACCAUUUAGGGACCCCACAGAACACACAAGAAUGAGUCACAGCACCCGCUUCUUGUGUCAUGGGGGCCUCGAGUGGACCAACAAAUGAAAAGGGCAGUAUCCCACAAACACAAUGGCAGUUUUAGGGGUACAGCCUGCCUUAUUUUAGAGGCAAAAUGGAGCAAUGUCACAGGAAGAAUAGUCCAUACAAGGGGUGUAACAUGCCUUUAUUUUUGGGGCUACCAGGAGGGAGUAUUGUUUUAAAAACCUGCACAUUUUUGGGGUGCAGCCUGCCAUUAUUUUGAGGGCCACCAGAGGGCAGUAUAAUGUAAAAAAAAACCUGGGCAUUUCUGGGUGCAGCCUGCCAUUAUUUUUAGGGGCCACCAGAUGGCAGUAUAAUGUAAAA